UCGCAGGCGAAACUCGUAGCAUUGACUAUCAAGCCUUUGCUAAAAAAAAAAAAAAAAAAAAAUCACCGCUCUCUCUCCAAGGAAACAAAACAAUAUAGAAUUUGGGUUUGACGGCGUGCGACAAGCAGAGACCCCUCUCUCGACACGACAACGCGCUUUCCCGUGGAAUGAGCGUUCCAUGCAGCAUCCUAGGUAUGAAUGACGUGGCCUGGCAGGAGACAAGAGGUGGGAUGCUGCAUGCAAAUGGCGCUCCUGAGAGUGGAGGUGUCAGAGUUCACGGUGGAGGGCCCUUAGCCUCAGUUGGGGUAGCUGGACAGGCUCCUGGAGUACCGCAUUUACAAGGCAUGGACAGGGUUGUUAACCCUACUCCAGGCACCCCGCAGCCCCCUCUGAGUGGACGAUCUCAGGACGAUGCCACUGUUGGAUACUUCUUUCAGAGGCAGCCAGGGGAGCAGCUUGGAGGUUGCCCACCCAGCAAGCAUCGUUGGCCAACUGGAGAUGCAAACCAUGUUGAUCAGGUCCGCGCUGUUGAUGAAAUGAACUACGACUUCCAGGCUCUUGCUUUGGAGUCGAGGGGCAUGGGAGAGCUUCUGCCAGCCAAAAAGCUCUGGGACUCUGAUGAGUUGGCAAAAGAUGGAAGGAAAGGAAUGCUUCUCGGAGAGGAGUGGAGGGACAAUGCCUGGGGAUCACCUCAUCAUUCAGUGUCUCAGCCAAUCAUGGUGCAGCGGCGACCAGGCCAGAGUUUCCAUGGGAAUGGUGAUGCCAAUUCUGUACUUUCACCUCGCUCAGAAGGUGGAGGCCUUGGGGUGAGCAUGGUGGAGUACGUCCUGAGCUCCUCUCCUGGGGACAAGAUGGACGGUCGCUACAGGAACGGAGGCUAUGGUGGUGGAGAUGUUGACCAAGACGGGAGAGAGAAAAAUGAUGCCCAAGAAAAAGUGUCUCCCUUUGAAGAGGACAAGAGUCCAGAGAUGGUCGGAGAAGAGAACGAUCCCUCUAAAGCCAACGGAAGAGGACUACUGAACGGCAUGGACAGAGACUGCAAAGAUUUCAAUCCCACCCCUGGAAGCCGUCAAGCCUCCCCCACUGAGGCUGUGGAGAGGAUGGGUCCCAGUCAGACCGGUUUGGAGAUGAUGGGACAGCACCACCCUCACGCCCUCCAACAACACAACCCUGCCAUGAACAAGGGCCCAACGGAGGACUUCCAGAAUCAAGAGGCCCAGAACAUGGGAGGCAUGGAGCAGCAAGCCGGCGUGGAGUCCCUCCAGUUUGACUACGCUGGGAACCAGAUUCAGGUGGACUCCUCCGGGACUCCAGUAGGAUUGUUCGACUACAGCUCUCAGCAGCAGCUGUUCCAGAGAUCUAAUCCCCUGACUGUGCAGCAGCUCUCUGCAGCUCAGCAACAACAAUAUGCUCUGGCUGCAGCCCAGCAGCAGCAUCUUGCUGGCCUCGCUCCUGCAUUUGUGCCAAACCCUUACAUCAUUAAUGCUGGCCCCCCUGGAACUGACCCCUACACUGCUGCGGGCCUGGCAGCAGCAGCCUCACUCGCAGUUCUGUCCUCAGGCCCCACAGUGGUUCCACCACAGUACUAUGGAGUUCCCUGGGGAGUGUACCCGGCCAAUCUUUUCCAGCAACAGGCUGCAUCAAAUGCCAAUCACUCGGCUAAUCAGCAAGCAUCCAAUCAGGGACCAGGGCCGGGCCAGCAACAGGUGAUGCGCACAGGAGCCAAUCAGAGACCUCUCACACCAGGGCAAGGCCAGCAGAGUCAACAGGAGUCUCUGGCUGCAGCAGCUGCAGCAAACCCUGCGCUAGCAUACGCAGGAAUGCCUGGUUAUCAGGUGCUGGCCCCUGCAGCCUACUAUGACCAGAAUGGGGCCCUGGUGAUGGGUCCUGGUGCCAGAACUGGUCUAGGUGGUCCAGUUCGUCUAGUCCAGACCCCUCUCCUCAUCAACGCCGCAGCAGCACAAGCUGCAGCCGCGGUGUCAGCAUCUGGCUCCGGUAACAACAUGUCAGGUCCAGCUAACGGGAUGUACCGCUCCAUGCCUCAGCCCCAGCAGCAGCAGCAGCAGGCUCCCCCGCCCAGCAGCGGCCUGCCCUCUAGCUCAUUCUACGGCUCCGGUUCGGUCCCCAACACCUCUCAGAGUAGCUCCCUCUUCUCUCACACCUCGGCUGCUCAGCAACAGGCUAGUUCCUCGCUGGGUUUCAGCAGCGCUGGUGGCUCCCUUGGUGUUGGCCUGGGCUCUGCUCUGGGUGGCUUCGGCUCCUCUGUUUCCAGCUCUACCAGUAGCAGUGUAUCUCGCAGGGAUUCCUUGUUGGCUAGUUCUGACCUGUACAAACGGGGCGGGAGCAGUUUAACUCCCAUCGGCCAGCCUUUUUACAACAGCCUGGGUUACUCCUCCUCACCCAGCCCCAUCGGCCUCACACCAGGUCACUCCCCGCUCACUCCUCCUCCUUCUCUGCCCUCCUCUCAUGGAUCCUCUUCUAGCCUUCACCUAGGUGGCCUGACGAAUGGAAGCGGGCGUUACAUUUCAGCAGCACCUGGAGCUGAGGCAAAGUACCGGAGCGCCGGCGGGACAUCCAGUCUCUUUAAUUCCAGCAGCCAGCUCUUUCCUCCGGCUCGGCCCCGCUACAGUCGCUCUGAUGUAAUGCCAUCCGGACGCAGCCGCCUGCUCGAAGACUUCAGGAACAACCGCUUCCCAAACUUGCAACUGCGUGACCUGCCGGGUCACAUGGUGGAGUUCUCUCAAGACCAGCAUGGAUCAAGAUUUAUCCAGCAGAAGCUAGAGAGGGCCACUCCAGCUGAGAGACAGAUGGUGUUUGGAGAGAUUCUGCAAGCGGCUUACCAACUGAUGACUGAUGUAUUUGGGAACUAUGUCAUCCAGAAGUUCUUUGAGUUUGGAAGUGCGGACCAGAAGUUGGCUUUGGCGACACGUAUCCGCGGGCACGUUCUCCCCCUGGCCUUGCAGAUGUACGGCUGCAGGGUCAUUCAGAAAGCUCUGGAGUCCAUUUCCUCAGACCAGCAGGUAAUUAGUGACAUCGUCCGCGAGCUCGAUGGCCACGUGCUGAAGUGUGUCAAGGACCAGAACGGCAACCACGUGGUGCAGAAGUGUAUCGAGUGUGUCCAGCCCCAGGCCCUCCAGUUCAUUAUUGAUGCCUUCCAGGGACAGGUGUUUGUGCUUUCCACACAUCCCUACGGCUGCAGAGUUAUUCAAAGGAUUUUGGAGCACUGCACCCAGGAGCAGACUCUGCCCAUCCUGGAAGAGCUGCAUCAGCACUCUGAACAGCUGGGCCAGAAAUAUCAAGGCGUUUCAUUGGAGAUGACACCCAAAACAUAUUAUACAGUGUCCCGCGAUGCACUGUUCAAGGAUCAGUACGGUAACUACGUCAUUCAGCACGUUCUGGAGCACGGCAGGCCAGAGGACAAGAGCAAGAUAGUCGCAGAGGUUCGCGGAAAAGUACUCGUCCUCAGCCAACACAAAUUUGCCAGUAAUGUUGUGGAGAAGUGUGUGAUCCACUCUUCACGUGCAGAGAGAGCCCUGCUCAUAGACGAAGUGUGCUGCCAGAAAGACGGGCCUCACAGUGCCCUUUACACCAUGAUGAAGGACCAGUAUGCCAACUACGUCGUCCAAAGAAUGAUCGACAUGGCGGAACCUGCUCAACGCAAAAUCAUUAUGCACAAGAUCCGGCCUCACAUCGCCACUUUACGCAAGUACACCUACGGGAAGCACAUUCUGGCCAAACUAGAAAAGUAUUACAUGAAGAGCGGCUCUGAGCUGGGUCCCAUCGGCGGCCCGACAAACGGCCUCAUGUAGUCCCGUCGACACUCGGGUUCCCCUGAAGAAGAGAAGGAGCCCCAUACCCCUGUUCUGUGAGAGAUGCUCCUUAGCCAUAGGGGUUAGCCUUCGACACCCUCUGUCGCCCCCCUUUUUUUUUUUUUUUGAGGGGAAUUACCAAAAAAACAAACAAAAAGAAGACAAGUCAACUCACCUAAGAACGCUGUGACAACUGACCCCUGUUGCUCUGCCGCCCCUGGUGCAGCCCAGCGCGGCCCCCAGGGGACGCACAGUCAGCAGGGUACUUUUUUUUUUUUUUUCCUCUUUUUUUCUUGGGUAAAGCACAAGCCCAUUGUUAAUGAUGUUAUUGAUGUAUUUGACUGGUUUUCAUAUUAUCUUGUACAUUUAGUUUUUUACCUUGUAAAUUCUCUGUAGAAACACAAAACUUAUUACACAUUUGCUCAAAUUUACAAUUCCUACAAUUAACACCAGCAAGUGAUUUUAUAAGGCUGAACUGAGUGAACCUUUUAAGAGAAAAAAUACAAACAAUUUCACUUGUUUUUUGUAACUAGACGUAUUAAGUCAGCUGUUCUAACAGACGUCCAGGCAAUUAAAUCUUAUAUUUGUAUAUUACCCCGUGCACAGUAAAAUUUCUCCCAUGCCAAAGCAGCUGAUGGAUUAGUUUUUCAUAUAGGCAUAAGUGAUCCAGAGGGAUUUAAACCCCUCUAUCCACAGGGGACUACUACUUGUCGGUGCCACCGUCACUCAAAGGUCUCUUCAGACCAGUUUGCAAGCUCGGCUUUGGGGAUUGGUGCUCUACUCCUAGGGUCGUGUUUUUUCAGAUGGUGGCUUUUUCUCACCUCUUUUUCCAGGCUUACGUUUGGGGCCCCUGUUUACUCAGCAGCUUGAUGAUUCGGUACUAUAUAUUUCAGACUGACCAACCUGAGCUGCUGCAUUCAAUGAGCCCUCACUUUGAGCCGUCUUUUCCCUCAUGCAGAGGAUCAUUGGGGGGGGGGGGGGUUAUGCUAGAAUUAAAAAAAAAAAAAUCUACAGUUAAAUUAUAGAAGCGGAGCAUGAGGUUUGGUUGUACAGCGGGCGUGUAACCUGGUUUAAUAUUAACAUGAAAUGAGUAGUGCGGGGGGCCUUUUUCGUGGGGAUAGUUGGGUGGGAGUGGGCUAUGUGUUGGCAUGCUGUGACAGGUUUUAAUCCUUGGAAUGAUUUUUUUCUUUAUCAUGUUUUGUGUAACAUCUUAUGUCUUGUAGUUUGAGAUGAACACUGCCCAAGAAAACGGUAUCUUUAUGUACUGAAUAAUCAUCUCUUGCAUAGAAGUAGUUUAGCGAUGUAUAGCAUUUUUACGUACGAGUAAAUUGUUGCUUUUUGGGUAGGGGGGCUAGCAGCAGUGAUGGGACCCCCACCGCCUGAAGGUUAGAGUAAGGAAACAACAUGUUGUGAGCUUAUCCCAGCUUUGUACAUCUGAGGUGACAUGAACGAGAGCUUGUGGGAUAACUUUGAGAAAGGGAUGCUGGAGGAAUAUUUUUAAUGGCUCUGUUUCUGUUUUUUUAAACAACUUUUCUUUCUUUCUUUUUUUUUUUCCAUUUGAUUGGGUAUGCAAGUGCAUAGGUGCAGGCCGGUGGGGCCUUUUAAAGCUAUACAAAUCACCUGUAAUGCUCGUAGUGAUGGCUUCUUUGCUUCAUAUGAAUAAUUGUAGAAUACAUGUAGUAUAUGUGCAGUUAAUAAGUGUAAGAUUAUUAGUUAAAUUGAAAAAAAAAAUGUCUAGUCGUGGUGUUUGACAGGCCUUGCUCUAAAUUUGUAGUGAUGCUUUUAUUUUGUCUGUACAGUUGUACAUUUGUAAACGUUGAUGCUGUAAAUGGGAUGUCUUUUACACUUUUUUGGGGAGAAAAAGGCAAAAAUUGUGCAUUUUGAUGUGUGUAUAUUCAUCACUCCUUUCCCCCUUGAAUAUAAUGUAUACAGUUUUAUUUGAUCAAGUGUUAUUUUAAAGAAAAGAAGACUCUAUGGCUUCAUAAUCUGGCAUAGUUUUUUUUUUUGUUUUUAAUCCGCUUUGGGAAAGGCCAGCCUCUAUUUGUACUGGAGCUGUAACAUCCACUGUUGAUAGUCUUUCUGAUGUGUGACAGUUUAAAAAGAAGAAAACAAAAACACUCUGUACUCAAAACAGAGGCUGCAUUUAGUCCUCUCUGCUACCAUGGAAACUUCACAGGAUAUGACAAGAAUUAUUUUUGUACAGAAGAGUGCUGUAUUUUGGAACAGCUACUACCUUGUAAGCAAAAGCAAUGUAAAAUAUUGUCAAUUAUAUAAAUAUGAACAUAUGAGUUUUGUCACACUGUCAAAGUCAUGUACAUUUUCAGGUGGCCUUAUGUACAUUUCCAGAUGUUAGAUGAAGAAAACAAACUCAUUUUUGGAAGCAGAAUUGUGACUAUGUAUGAUUAAACUGUUCUUCUAACAUUUGA